ACCCAUCCGUCGGGCACUGAAUUUGAAUGGCACUCCGGGCCCUGGCUCUACCAGAGUCUUCAAGUUGAACACGGUUUAGGGUUGCCAUGACAGGUCUGUGUGAGCGCGCUGGGGAGCGUUGAAUCAAGCGUUCUGUGACCACCGGCACACUUAUGGUCGCAAGUCCCCAUAACCGUGCAUCCGGCUCCACUGCGAAGGCUGGACGCUCUGGCAUGAUCGGUGGUGUCGAUGUCCAAGGCAUCUACCCUGCCACUGCUGCUGUCUUUGUUGUUCAUGGUGUGGUUCUACGGCUUCUGGUGGAGGCUUGGUUGAUCGACGUGAUGAUCGUGGCGCCCGAGUUCAGCGUCUUCGUUGGCGACCUUGGCCCCGAGGUCAACGAGUCGUUCGGCCAGCAGCAUGGUGACCAACGGUUGUUUUCGCAUCGAGUCAGCCAAGAUCAUGACGGAUGCGGUCACCGGCUUGACAUAGAAAUAUGGACAUGACGACCACGGAACUGAGAAGGCAGCAAAGCUGCCGAUUUAUGAAAGUAUUAUGGGUUUGAUCUAGGAGACGGGGCGUUUGGGACUGAAACGGCACAUGACAAACUGGAGUAUUGGCGAACCAAAUAUCCCUGGGAUCGCUAGAGCUA